CUCGCAUCGUAAGCAAAUGACUUCUUCAUUACGAGUCUUCAAACAUGGCUGAUACUACUGGACGAAGCUACUACGGCAAGGAAAUGAUGGGUUAGUUGCGUGAUCGGAGCGGAAGCCGUGUGGGAUGUGAUUCUUCGCAAUAUGCUGGGCGAGGACCUCUCUCCGCAAUUGUCUCCGCAUAUUGAGAAUUGGAGUUGGAUAUUAUGAGGGGGUGACUUUCUCAACCAAAAGUGAAGUUGCCUGGCUAUCAUCCUGGUUCUCGGUACUCAAGUCCAUCCUAACAUCACUGGAAUCAUCUUCGUGCUACGCCUGACUACUAUUACUUUUUUUUUUCCUCUAUAUUCUCAUACGCUCACCAGUACCUUCGCGAUGCCUUCCAGCACCAUCACACCUAAGUCGAAGCCCCUCCCGCCGGGGGUCUACACCCCCGUCGUCACAAUCUACAAAGCAGGCGAUCCUCUGCAACCCGUAGACCAUGAUGCGCUUUACAAGCAAUGCCAGGCGUUAGUCCGCGCCGGGAUGCACGGCCUAGUCUACCUGGGAACCAACGGCGAGCUCGUCCUUCUGACAGCCGAUGAGCGCAAAGCCAUUCUCGAAACAGCAGUGCGCGCAGUCAAAGACCUCGGGAAGCCCGACUACCCCAUUGUAGCUGGCAUAUCCGCAGAGUCGACCCGUGAAGCCAUUCUCAACGCCAAGGAUGCCGGCGCAGCGGGCGCAAGUUUCGGACUCUUGCUGCCGCCCAGCUACUGGGCCAAAGCCCUGUCCAGCGACGCGAUAUUGGGAUACUACCGGGACGUCGCGGAUAACUCACCCAUCCCUAUUGUCAUUUACAAUUUCCCUGGCGUCACGUCCGGUGUGGACCUCGAUUCGGACCAGAUAACCGCUCUCGCGUCGCAUCCCAACAUUGUGGCUGUGAAAUUGACCUGCGGUAACGUCGGCAAGGUGACUCGUUUGACGAGCAAAUUCGCGCAUGAGCAAUUUGGUGUUUUUGGUGGUAGCAGCGACUAUCUUCUUCCUACACUACAGGCUGGAGGGAGUGGUUGCGUAACAGGCAUGGGAAAUAUCUUUCCGGGUUCAACGUCAGCCGUGUAUGAUCUAUGGAAGGCCGGGAAGGCUGACGAAGCUCUCAAACUGCAGUAUGAUGUUGCGAAUGCGGAAUGGGCUUGCAAGAAGGGUAUUGCCUUGACAAAGUACGGUGCUUGGCACUUCUUUGGUCGUGAUAUUGGGCUUACUGACGAAUCAUCGUGGGAGAUGAGGCGCCCGUAUCUACCACUCGGCGACGCCACUAAGAAAUGGGCUUUAGAAACACUUGGGGUACUUGGAGCUACAGAAAAGCAAAGGUCGUGGAGCAAAUAGUUACUUUGUAGAUCGGGCAUGUAUAAGUCGUUACUGGUAGUUGACUUGUACUCAUGUUCUUAUCUCAGUCAAGAC